AUGGACAACGGAUCAAAUGCACCCAACACUCACUGCGACGAUAUUAUUGUAUUGAAAGCAUACAUGCAUUGCGACGGAUGCUGUAGAAAAGUCUUCAAGUGCUUGAAAUGUCUUGAAGGUGUGGAGGAUGUGGUGAUCGAUAUUGCAAAUCACCUGGUGGUAGUGAAGGGCAAGAAAGCCGAUCCAUUAAAGGUUUUAAAAAGACUUCAGAAGAAGUAUAGCAGAAACGCUGAGCUGAUUUCUCCAAAAUUUCAUAAUACUGAAGUUAGAAAAGAACCGGAAAAGAAAAAAGAGGUUGAAGUGAAGAUUGUGGUGCUCAAAAUGUUCAUGCAUUGCGAAGGUUGUGUCAAUGAUGUCAAGAAGAAUAUAGAGAGAAUGACAGGGAUUCUAAGUGUGGAACCCAAUAUGGAAGCCUCGCAAGUGACUGUGAGGGGAGCAUUCGAAGUAGCGAAACUUGUUGAAGAUAUCAAGAAGCGACUAGGGAAGCAUGUAGAGAUUGUUGAACAUGAAGAGGAAGCUGCUGCGGAGGGUGGCAACCAAGAGGGCAUAGAUCAAUUAGGGGAAUAUUAUAUUUUCCAAUAUCCUCCCCAAUAUUGCUUAAUGCAUUGUGCUCAUCAUGAUCUGACUCAAAUGUUUAAUGAUGAAAAUGUUUUUUCAUGCUCGAUAAUAUUUGCUGGUAAAGGUCCACGGGCUCCACACGCUCCUAGUCCUAGAGAAGCUAAACGCUCCACCGGAUCUUGA